GUACAGAAGUCAAAGUGUCUUGUUCAUUGUAUAAUCAUAUAAAGCUGGGAGAGGUAUAAAUAGAGCGUAUACCUUUCACUUUCACUGUAUAAAUAAAACAGCAUUUCAGUCAGAGCUGAUCACUCUUCACUUGCUCCAGGAAACUGUUGAAAUCUUCUGUGAGAUUUAUACUUUCAGUCCAUCAACAGUUAAAGAUUUCAGGUGAAAUGAAUCAGUCAGACAAGCUGGCGCUGCAGCAACUGGAAGCUCUUAAUGAUCAACUGCAACGAAGUAUUAAGAAACUUAACUCUGAAUUUGACAAAAACCAUUCAACUCUCAUCAGUAAAGUAAAGGAACUGAAUGGCAUUACUGAUGAACUUGAAUCCAUGCACAAAGCAACUACAGUGGGCAGUUUGGUAGGAUCAUCAAUGGGAGCGGCUGGAGGAAUCGCAGCACUAACGGGUCUGGCUUUAUCAUUUUUCACGUUUGGUGUUUCUUUAGCUGUUACUGGUGUUGGUCUUGCUGUUGGAAUAACUGGAGGAGUAACAGGUGCUGUGUGUAACAUUACUAACAUGAUCAAGCAGAAAAACCUGCGACAAACUAUUGAGAAGAUCAUCAAUGAUUUCCAGAACACAAUCAACCCAAUGAUUGAGCACAUGAAUGCAAUUUCUAACACCAUAGAAGAGCUUCAGCAGGCAGAACAGGCAUAUUCUGUUCAAAAUAAGGUGAUAGUGACAAGUGUGAGAUCUGUGAAAACCAUUUUGAGCGUUACAAGACUUUUAACUGUACUUAAAACUGCUCAGAUUGGAAAAACAGCUGCAAGAGCUGCCAAAACUCUCCGAAUGGUUGGGAAAUUAUCUGGAUCUCUCUCAGCUCUAUUGCUUAUUCUUGAUGCUUACAGUAUUUAUUGUGAUUCAACAGAGCUCUCUGAAAUGACUCAAUCAGCACACAAGAGAAAAGCAGAAGAAAUCAAAUCAGAAACUCUGAAAUUCAUUUAUCAGAUGAGAGAAACAGCUGCUGAAUUUCAGGAGACACUGGAUGAAAUUAAAAGUGCCAGAGUUCAUAUUAACAGAGCAAUACAAAUCAGUUGAAAUUGGUUUAGAAAUGCUUGAACUGCUCUGUCUGGUAUUAUAAUCAUCAUCUGAUAUUAUCAUCAAUUAUUCAGUGAAAACAGACUCUUUAAAAAUUGAACCUGUAAAAAUGUGUGUAUGUAAUGAUGUAUGAAAUUGCACAGGAUGUGUGCAGUCUUUUCGAGCAGUAUGUCCUAAAUUAUAGAAGUUAACAUACUUACAUAUGUUCUGGUAGUUGUUGUUGUUGUUGUUUAAUAUGUAAUUACUCUGGCUGUCAUGGUGUAAAGACACAUCAACUAGGUUGGAAUCAAUCUUCAGUAUUAUUAUUAUUAUU